AGCGGGAGCUUUAGUGCACUGGGUUAUUAUAUUCUUUAUGAUUCUCUUUGCAUAAAAGGCAAGUAACAUUGUUCAUGAGAAGUGUUUGCCCAUAGCUCAAGGAAUAUAUAUACUCUUCCUACCUUCCAAGCCUCAUUUCACAUCAAAAUAUCUCUUGCAAAGUAGAAAUAUACUAUUAUUAUACAUAAAAAGCUCUUUCUCUUCACCUUUCAUCACCAUUGUCACCUUAUUAUUUUUUUUUUCUAAAUAUCAAAUCAUGGUGUUCAAGAAAAUUGGUCAAGGAGCUCUCCAUUAUAUAGGUCAAACCAUAUCGAAAAUUGGUCAAGUUUUUCAAGGAAGAGACGAGGAGAUUGAUGAUGAAAUCAUAGAAUAUUGUUAUGACAAGUAUUUUAGAAGAACAGUGGCUGAUUUUUACCAGUCAAUUUGCCUAACAGUCGAAGAAAUUAAUAGAAGGAAAGGGAGUACACAAUUCAAGAUUCCAAGUACUGCAGCUAUAAAAAAAGCAUACAAAAAAUAUCAUAGUGUGAAAGGAGCAAAAAUGACAAAGGAUAACUUAAAAAAAUGUGUGCAUGAAUUAAUGAAUGAAAGUGGAGUUACUGGAUUUGGAGCAACAGAUACAAUAAUUUAUUUAUUUGGAGUACCAGCCACAGCAUUAUUCAUCAAAAAUAGAACAAAACCAGAAGCAAUUUCUGAUGAUAUAUUUAUUCCUGGUGUUACUUCUGCUACUGUAUUUGUUCUUUCUAAAUUCAAUAAGAUCUAAGAAUAUAAUUCAAGAAAAAAAAAAUUAAUAUAAUUUGACAUUUGUUAUAGUUCUUGUUAUUCUAUCUGUUUAAUUUUUAUGCACUGACGAUGUAAAACAUAUUUCAUACAAUCAUGUUGUAUAUGCUUUUCUUACAUGUAUAUCUAUGAUAUUAUUACCGAGAACCGCAAA